AUGGCUACAGUUGCACUUACUGGUCCCUUUGUUACUAAAAUAAAACCCGUUAAUGGAGUGCUGAGCAUUAUUUACAUCAAGUCCUCAUCUUACAGCACGGAUGGUAAAAAGCCUAACCUAGCUGCUUACAAAAGAGGUACUGGUGGGCGCAGUAGUUUCAAUGGUAUUGUAGCGACCGUUUUUGGUUGCACAGGAUUCGUAGGCCGCUAUGUGUGCAAUAAGCUAGGCAAAAUAGGUACACAGAUGAUUUUGCCUUACCGUGGCGAUUUUUAUGAUGCCCAAAGAUUGAAAACAGCUGGUGACUUGGGACAAGUCCUGUUUACUCCAUUUGACAUCCGAGAUGAGGAGUCCAUUGCGAAGGCAGUUCAGUACUCUAAUGUUGUGAUUAAUUUGAUUGGACGGGACUAUGAAACCAAAAAUUUCAAGUACAAUGAUGUCCAUGUAGAAGGCCCAAAACGAAUUGCCAGAAUAUCCAGAGAAAUGGGUGUGGAAAGAUUUAUUCAUUUGUCAUAUCUGAAUCAAGCAAGAUACCCUCAGCCUCUGGUGUUGAAGUCACUUUCAGGUUACAAAGUCAGCAAGUUCUUAGGAGAGUGUGCUGUUAAAGCAGAAUUUCCUACAGCUACCAUUUUGCGUGCAUCUGACAUAUAUGGGUCAGAGGAUAGAUUUUUGAGACCCCUCGUUAAUCCUCUUCGUAUUAACGGCCAGUUCCUACCGCUGUACAAGAAUGGGCAGGCUACCAUUAAACAACCUGUUUAUGUAUCGGAUGUAGCUCAAGGAAUCGUGAAUGCUAUCCGGGAUCCCGACACCAAAUGCAAAACCUACCUGGCCAUUGGACCUAAGAGAUACUUGUUGGCUGACUUGGUUGACUGGUGUUACAAGCUAAUCAGAAAAGAUGAGAAAUGGGGAUAUGUCCGCUAUGACAUGAAGAUGGACCCAUUCAUCUUUAAUCUCAAAGUAAUGCUGAUCAAUUUAAUUUCACCAGCUUACCCCUUGGGAAAUCUGCACUGGGAAGGAAUUGAGAAGGAAUCCACUACUGAUGUUGUGGACAGGUGCAUGCCAACUUUAGAAGACCUAGGUGUGACGCUGACUCAUAUGGAGGACCAAGUGCCAUGGGAACUAAAACCCUACCGUGCUUACCAAUACUAUAUGGAUAAGAUUGGAGAGUUCCCAACUCCAGAAAACCCCCGAGUGCAGAUUUAG